AUGCAAGUGAGACUUGCAGAAGAUGAGCUGGAUUGCAAGUUGGACUUGCAGGUUGGAUUGAAAGGCAAAGCCAAGUCAGCUUUCAUUCUCUCCGCUGUCUCACAUCCACGCAGUCUCCACCACCAUGAGGCUAAGGAGCACCCUAUCCAAGAUUGGAUUGAUUUGGUAACCAAACAUUACCCAGAGCUUUUUGUGCUCUCAAAGCAAUACCUGGAGGUAUCCCUUUUCAUUCAGGUAGAUACUCUCUUGUCACCGCUGGCUGAUCUACAUCCCGCCAAGGCCCUCUUCCUGCGGGUUGCCAAGGGGUUCAUUGAUCCCGGGCCUGCCGGGAAGAACAGGAUUUCCCACGUCUUCUCUGUGGCAAUGAUGGUUGCCGCUGCCAAAACCCCUCUUGAAUGCCUUCCGGAGACUUUAUUGAGCUAA